AUGGGCGGCGCAUCGGAGAAGAAGGCGCGUGUUUCAACGCUACCUCUUCUUCCCCAAGACAUUCUCAUCGAGAUCCUCUCCAAGCUCCCUGCUAAAUCGCUAGUACGAUUCAGGUGUGUUUCUAAAUUCUUUUACGCUCUCACAGUUAAUCAUGCCUUUGGCGUUAUGCAUCGCACCUUGUCCUUGACUCUUCCCAGUAGAGCGGGCAUCCUCAUCGUUAUCUCCUCCUCCCCUGCGUAUUACACCAUAAAUUUCAGCGAACAAAACCCCCCGCGGCCGGGAAUGCUCCAAGCCAACCGUAUCGCCUACUUGGACUCUGAACCCUUUCUGAAAGGCUCUCUACUACGCUCCUCCUCCGAUGGCCUGAUUUGUCUGUCCAGACCCAAUGGAGAUGUGGUUGUCUGCAACGUUAGUACGGGACAGCGUAUUUCCCUUCCAAGAAUCCAAUUCCACUCCCCCAAUCCACCUUCAAUCUGUGCGCGGUUGGGGUUCGAUUCACAAUCUGAAAGAUACAAGGUUUUGAUGUCAACCUGGAUGAAUACUCGAGGCAACAGGUCCAGGUGCUACGAGUAUAAGCAUUGGGUUUUUACUGUGGGAGUUGAUAAAUCAUGGAGGGAGAUCAACUAUUCUCCCCACCCCUUUGAUGGCUAUGGUAGCCCUAGCGAUUCCGAUACUAGUUGUGUCUACAUCGACGGCUUUAUCUAUUCCUAUAAUUGGCUGACUAAAGCUGACCCUCCUAGCUUCCACAUAGUAGCAUUUGAAGUUGGGUCGGAGAGUUGUUCUUUGAUACCAUUUCCAGCUGAAAUUUCAUCAUCGCAGUAG